AUGGCCCCUAAACCAUCAAUAAAACCAAAAAACAAGUCAACCGACCGCAAGAACGCCGGGCCCAAACCAUCAUCCUCACAAACCCAACAAAAACCCUCCCAACGAACGAACUCCGAGCUGCAAAGAAAAAGCAAAACAAAAAUACAGCCCUCUAAAAAAGCACCUGUUGUAGUACGACCGAUUUCCCCGGAAGAAAAAGAAGGAUCGGGAAGUGAAUCGGAAGAAGAUAUCGAAGAGGGCCCUUUUCCAGAGCUGUUCCUGAGUGAUGAUGAAGGAGAGCAAAGUGGAUCGGAGAAAGAGACUAAUCAAGAACGAGACAAUGAGAUAGAUGAAGAGGAUGAUGAUGAUGAUGAAAGCCUCGAUGUAUCGGACGAAGUAGAAGAUGAAGAACUAGGAAGUCUGCUAGAUGAUUCUGCUUCCGAAGGUAGCAACGAUCUAUCAUCAGAUAAUCUCGAUAACCUGGUCGCCCGGUCAAGCUUCAAACCCAACGAAGAUGAAUCCGAAGUCAUCGACCCUUCGUUCUCCAUGUUGGGCAGGAAGACAGAUUACAUGAGCAGAGCAAUUUCAAAACCCUCCGCUUUUGUCAAGGGCGCCAAAAUCAACGUAUGGGAUGAGAUCGAACCCGGCUAUGGCAGUGAAAGCUCCACAGAAGAUGCACCUAAUCGAAUCGGAAACAUACCCUCACAUUUCUAUGAUGACAUGCCGCAUAUCGGAUACGAUAUCAACGGAAAAAAGAUCAUGAGACCGGCGAAGGGAGACGAACUUGACAAGUUUCUGGCUGGGAUAGAGGACCCCACCUCAUGGACAAGUGUGGAAGAUAAAUUACUUCAGAAGAACGUGGCCUUGACAGAUGAAGAGUUGGAGAUCAUCCACAAACUGGCCAAAGCUGAAAAUCCCGAUGCUCAAUUCGAUCCGUAUGAACCUUUGAAUGAAUUCUUCACUGGCAAGGGUAAAGAAAUGACUCAACCUUUAUCCGCCAAGCCAGAGCCCAAGCGACGGUUCAUCCCAUCCAAGUGGGAGCACAAGAAAGUGAUGAAGAUUGUUAGAGCAAUUCGGCAGGGCAGGAUCGUGCCCAACAAACCUAAAGUCGAAAAGCCACAAUUCUAUGGGAUCUGGUCUGGCGAGGAUCAACCACGACCGAUGGGACCAAUGUAUAUGCCCGCACCUAAGCUGAAGCUCCCUGGUCAUGUUGAAAGCUACAAUCCACCAGAGGAAUACUUGUUUGACGACGAAGAACGGAAAGCCUGGGAAGAAGCUGAGCCCAGCGACCGUAAGCUCGACUUCAUCCCGACCAAAAAUCCCAGUUUGAGACUCGUCCCUGGGUAUUCAAAUUUCCUUCAAGAGCGAUUCGAUCGGUGUUUGGAUCUCUAUUUGGCGCCACGAAUGUUGAGACGGAGACCCAAGCUGGAUAUCUCAGACCCCUCUGAACUUCUACCCAAGCUACCCUCUCCCAAAGAUUUGCGCCCGUUUCCAUCAUUCUGCUCGAUUGAAUAUGUUCAUGAGAAUGGUGCGCGUAUUCGUACCGUCUCCAUUGAUCCCACUGGAAUGUGGGUUGCGACUGGCUCAGAUGAUGGUCAGGUUCGUGUGUGGGAAUGUAAAGUCGGGCGAUGUGCUAUGAGUUGGAAGCUGGGUGGAAAGGACGAGAGCCCGGUAUAUUCUGUUGAAUGGUGCCCAGACGGACGGAAAUGCAUCCUGAGUGUAGUUGUAAAUGGACGCAUCUACCUCUUGUCACCCCUUCCAGUUCUAUCCCCUUCAUUGGCGGAAGACACGAUCCAGGCAGCCCAUUUAGGAUUCGAGACAGCGACUGAAGGGUCAAAAGUGACAGCAGCCAAAUGGAGCCGGGCGAGCGAAGACGAGCGAAGGAAAGGUAUCUUGAUCGAGAUCGGAGUACCGGGAACGCCGAAGCAAGUGAGCUGGCAUAAACGCGGAGACUACUUUGGAAGUGUGGCUACCGAAGCGGGAAACCAAUCGGUCCUGAUCCAUCAACUUUCGAAACAUCAAACACAAUCCCCUUUCAGAAAAACCAGAGGGAUCGUCCAAAAAAUCAUCUUCCAUCCAUUCAAGCCUCUUCUCUUCGUCGCCACCCAGCAGCUUGUCAAAGUCUACGAUCUCCUCGCCCAGACCCUACUCAAAACCCUCCAACCCGGCGUCAAGUGGAUUUCCAGUCUUGAUGUCCAUCCCUUGGGCGAUAAUGUCAUCAUUGGUAGUUAUGAUAAGCGUUUGGUUUGGCAUGAUAUGGAUCUUAGUGAACGGCCCUACAAAACACUGAGGUAUCAUGAAAAAGCCAUUCGAUCAGUUUCAUUUUCGCCCAAGUUCCCGCUAUUCUCGUCAACAUCGGAUGACGGGAAUAUCCAAAUCUUCCAUGCGAAAGUUUUUAAUGAUCUGAUGAUGAACCCUCUGAUUGUUCCACUCAAACUCAUCAAGGGUGCACACACUGUUAACCAAUCGUUGGGUGUCUUGGAUUCCGUCUGGCAUCCAACCGAACCGUGGAUUGUUAGUGUCGGCGCUGAUGGGGUCGCAAGACUGUGGUGUUCUUAA